GUGAAAAUGGGUUCAUGAUGAUGUCAGUGUGAAUGAUUAAGAGCUAUGAUGUCACCCGUGAUUAAAGCUGAUUAUUGUUAGAUCAAGGACAACACUGCCUUUGCUUAAGAGUGUGAUGCUCCUCUGAAUGAGUCAACAUGGACUUUCCGGUGACUGGACCUAGAUUUUGCCUAUGAUAAUGUGCUACUUAUGUAAGUGAUGUACUAUCAAGCAGAGAACAUGUUCUUAACAAAACAACUAGUUCCUUUGUUGACUGCAAAACACUCACGGACACGCGGCGCACAGUGCCGUCCAGCAGCCAUAGGAGCGUGAUCUUCCCUCUGAGUGCCGCGCUGGCCCCAUCAGUGGCCGCAUAGCUGUCUGAUGAGUCAAGAAUGUGGUUACAUGCCUUAAACAUGAGCUAUUACUGAACACAGUCCCCACUAGAGCACAGCCAGCACGCUCAUUCACAGAGAGGGAGGGUGAGAGAGGGAGGUGGCUUAUCAAUAGAGAGGCAGGAGCACUCUCGGCUCAACUCAGAAGUGAGCAGACGCAUCAAGCAGAAAGAGCGUGGACAGAAAGCCUUGUUGGUUUUUAAGCCCUGAUCUUUGGAGGAAGCAUCUAUCCCUCUGAUAUCUUACAGGGCUGAGAUUGAGAGGCGUGUCGGGUAGAAUUAUCUUCUGCUGUGGGAAAUAGACCGGCGGCCUCCCCGUGUUGCCUGUAUGCCCGUAGACUUGGUGAUCCCUCUUCCGCUGUGGACAGACAUGCACGAGAGCGAGAUGAGGCUGAAGAUGCGUGUCAGGCGCAUCAAGGAGGGACGGGAUCUGAGAGGUGGCUUUGCGGCUUUCUCAUCCUGUUUUCCCGAUUUGUGUCAGAGUAAACCAGCCACUCUUGUGCCCCUCAGCUUGUCCCAUCCCUGCCUACCUGUGGCCAACAUUGGUCCCACUCGCAUACUUCCCCACCUGUUCCUGGGCUCCCAAAGAGAUGUUCUCAAUAAGGAACUGAUGGAACAAAAUGGAAUCACCUACGUUCUGAAUGCCAGUAACACUUGUCCCAAACCUGACUUCAUCAGCGACAACCACUUCCUGCGCAUUCCCGUCAACGACAGCUACUGUGAGAAGCUGCUUCCGUGGUUGGAGAAAACCAACGAGUUUAUUGAUAAAGCCAAGGUAUCAAACUGCAGAGUCAUCGUCCACUGCUUGGCUGGCAUAUCCCGCUCUGCAACCAUCGCCAUCGCUUACAUAAUGAAAACUAUGGGUCUGUCAUCAGACGAUGCCUAUAGAUUUGUGAAAGAUCGUCGGCCAACGAUAUCUCCAAACUUCAACUUCCUCGGUCAGCUUUUGGAGUUCGAGAGAGCUUUGCAGAUGAAGACAGUACCUUGUGACCCCAUGAGGUUAGCAGUGAAGCACGAUGAGGAGGUGGACGUCAGAAGCACGGAGCAACAGAAGACCGAUCACUCUGAGCAGAGGACUCCCGAACCUACAAAGAUCACCGCAAAGCCUCCAUCGCCUACCUCACUGCAGAAAGACCUGAGCUCACUUCACCUGUCUUCAGAGCGAAUCCUUCAAAACAAAAGGCUUAAGUGCUCCUUUUCCCUCGACAUAAAGUCUGUCUACUCCUCAAGUCAAAACCAGCAAUCUUCUGCUAAUCUCUCAACAUCGGACUCUGAGAACAAGCUGUGCAGACUCAACAGCUUAAAGAACAGCAAUAAUGUGUGUCGACACCCUUCGACGGCGGACUUUCAAAGCUCUACGGAGUCACACUGCACUGGUGUGUAUAGCAAGUCUAGAAUAAGCCCGCAAAGAGAGAGGCGAGAAUCCGGCGGCUUUGAGAGGUUAUCAGCCACCCCGAUGUCACUGAAUCUGAACCAGGGGCCAAGACCCCAAGAUUCCAUUUGUGAGACCAACUUAAAGACCCCCUCUUUUCUCAGCUUGCCGUUGAGUACAUCUGGUACUUGGACCACGCACAGAGGCACGAAUCAGGCCACCACCCCCAUCACACCCACGGGCGACUGCCCUUGGUUCUUCGGCUCUAAUUUGGCACCAUCUGGAACGGCUUCGGGGAGCUCCCUGCACUUUGGCAGCAGUCCUGCUUAUGUGGCUUUUAGCCGCGGCGGCAAAGCUGACACCUCCAGCUCCGGCGUUCAUCAAAGAGACAAAACGCAGGAGCAACGGGACUUUCAGAACAGCUGGCUGGAGGAAGGAAAAGUGGUGGUGUGUAGCGUAUCGCAAGUGGACACGAAGUACAAGCGGAGCAGCUGCCAGAUGGAGUUUGAAGAGGGUAUUAACACGACACAAAGCAAUGAGGAAUUUGGGAAGCUGGGGAAGCAGUCCAGUUUCUCCGGCAGCAUGGAGGUCAUUGAGGUAUCGUGACAAAGAUGAGAAGAAAUCGCUCUUGGCCGACACUAAAGCAAUAACACGAGUGACAUGACUGAGGACAGUGCAGUUGUGGAAAAGCAGUCUGCUGUGUGAUGUAUAGGGAUGGGCGAUAUUAUAUCGUUUGCGAUACACCGGUAGAAAUUCCCCACACGAUAGGAAUUAGUCUUCCCGCGAUACAAACGAUAAAUUCUACUUGAUGACGUAUUUCUUUGUGAGACCCAUUCACAGCUCAUAUGUGAAGCGAAAACGGGUAUAGCGGAGGGCGGACGUGAAGCUGAGAAAGAGUUUGCACUAAAAGACGAGCUCUAAAUCUCGUUUAGGUUGGCACUGUAGAUGCAUCCGAGUUUAUGUUUAGUUUCACUUUCGUUUUAUUUCAUUCGUUUGUUAAGUAUUCGUUGAUAGUCAUAAUACGUUACACCACAACACUUAGUUUGGCUAAAAGUAUUUAUUUAAACAUUCGUUAGAUGUUAUGCGCUCGUGAGCAAAUUGUUUAAUACGAUUUCUUGCCUAUAUACAGGAUGAACGGAGCGUCCCGUGCGCAGCUCGCGCCCACAUGUGCUUUCAUAGCGACACAGCGUGCACAGCACUGCUGCCUGUUUACAUACAGUACAAAUGCGAGUUUGUAUUACGUUAUUUUAAAUACGUUUAUGAGCGUAUAAAAGCAUGGAUUAUUUAAUUAGAUUUCUUUUAUCCGCAUUUUUCUGUUCUCUUUCUGUAGCAAGUCAUAGAUAGAUUCAGUGUAUGUUGCUGUGAGAAGAGAAGGUUCACACAGUUCAAGAGAGAGUGAUUGACAGCGUGAUUGAAUCGAUCGUUUCCACCCAACAAUAGAAUAUAUACAGUUUUAGGUAUGACAUGUUGUGUUUAUUGAGCUUUAGUUCAUUUAACUUUUCUUUACUACAGCCUUUUGAAGUCGAAUCUCACUAUUAUAUUUUAUAUUUACAAAAAUACUGUAGGUAUAUUUUAGGAGCUGUUUGAUUUGGGAUAAGUUUUACUUGAUAAUAUUUGAUAAUAUUUGUUUUUCUGAGGGUCUAGACUAGAUGCAGCUACUAUCACUUGACGCAAAAAACAGCGGUGGAUGGUGUUAUGGAUAUAUUGUCAUUUUUAUCGUUAUCGCAACAAAUACCAGGAAUUAUCGUGAUUUUUAGUUUUAGGGCCAUAUUGCCCAUCCCUAGUGAUGUAGUUUGUGAUUAUGGAGCUGGUGUACUGGUGAAUUUUAGACAGACUGACUGCGAGAUAUGCACUCACACCAAAGACCUCACAGAGCGACCUUAUUCUGAAUUGUCAUGCACUUGUACGAUUGUAAUGAAGGACAUAAAAGCACACAUUAUUCUUCUAGCAUGACCACACAAAGACAAUAAAAAUCAAUGAAUGACAUGAGUGUGUAUUCAUGUUGCUUUGAUUGCAAAUUAGGGCAACGACACUUAAACUUCUUACCUUCUGCCUGAGGUGAAACUGUACAUGUACAGUAUGCCCAAUUUCAAGAUGAUGUAAUUGCUGUGCGACAUUUAUUUUAUGUAAUUGCCCGAUGUUCUAUUUAGCUAUAAAUUGAGUAUAAAUGGCAUUUGCAUUCAAUAUCGUCACUAUUCAGUGUUAUAUAAUUGAGUGAAAAUAUGAAGUGUGUGUUCAAGCUGAGAUACUCUCAGCACCACUACUGUGCACUGAGCAUGCUCAGAACGGCUGGCUACCUACAAGACAAGCUGCAUUCAGCAGCACUAUGUACUAAGCUGUAAAUCUAGACAUAUUUGCAUAUAUACAGUAUGUGUAAAAGAAAUUUACUUUGAUUUUAAUGGUUUAUUUAAAGUUCCACGCAUUUGUUGCUUUAAUUUAUUGUAUGGGUUUCAUUCUGGCAAUGAGCAAUAAUAUAUUAUUUGAAAAAGAAGUC